AUGCCAACGAAUGAAUGGUUAAAGAAAAGAUUUGGUAAAGUAUCUUCCGAGCCUAUUCAGACUAGGGUGCGAAUAUGUGAUUGUGCUGGCAUUUGGGAGCACCAGUGCGGUGUAUCAACAUGUAACUGCACUGAUCAACAAAAACAUAACACUGCCAAUCUGCAGCCUUCAUUUUCGCUUAUUCAAUCACCACCAACACAAAUGAUAUCUCCAUUUCGAUCGCAAGCAAGGACUCAUAUCGAUUGUCAAAAUAUUUUGAUUGUUUCUGGCAUCAAUAUUAUGAAUUUGUAA